AUGGUCUGGUUUAAGCAUGCUACUCCAAAAUUCUCUUUUGUUCUGUGGAUGGCGAUGAAGGAAAGAUUAUCUACCGGUGAAAGAAUGAGUAAUUGGGGUGGCAGUGUUGAUACUACUUGUGUGCUUUGCCGAGAUCCUAUGGAGACAUUGGCUCACCUUUUCUUUGACUGUCCAUACUCUUCUCAGAUUUGGGAGGUUUUGACAAGGAGGGUUAUGGGUACUCAAUACACAACGAGUUGGAGGAGUAUUAUGCGAGUGGCUUUGGAUCAUACUCAAGGGAAGAUCAAGCUUUUCACUUUGCGGUAUGUUCUUCAAGCUGUUGUGCACACAAUUUGGAUAGAGAGGAAUAGGAGAAGGCAUGGGGAAACUCCUAAGCCAGCAGAUUUGUUGAUCAAAUGGAUUGAUAAGGUGGUGAGAAACAAAUUCUCAAUUAUAAGGAAGAGAGGGGAUAAGGAGUUUGAUGGAGGGAUGGUAUAUUGGUUUAGCACAAGAUAG